CAGCGAUGACACAGCCGGUCCUCUUUGGGCAGCCAGGUCUGCCUGUGUCGGCCUGUUUCUAUGGCCAGGCUGUGCUCACUGAGCCUGUAUUUGGUUAGGAUCUGCCUCUGCUUGUUGUCUUUCACCCUGCUCAGGUAUUCAGCCAGGGUGUAGUGUCUUUUUAGGGCCCGAUAGCACUCUAAUUUGCUUUGUGUUUUUGUGUGUAUGUCCCAAUAGGUGAGGUAGUUUUGUUUGUGUUGUGUUAUAAUUUGGUUAACUCGAAUUGUCUGUGUUGGAGCAAUGCUGUCCUGAGGCUGGUUGGUGCUAGUGUGUGUUGGUGCAGUGAGCUUCAGGACCAGCUGGCUGAGGGGACUCUUCUUUUGGCUGAGUUCUUGGUACUGCAGGGCUUUACUGUGGUAGGAGUCUCUCUCUCUCUCUCUCUCUCUCUCUCUCUCUCUCUCUCUCUCUCUCUCUCUCUCUCUCUCUCUCUCUCUCUCUCUCUCUCUCUCUCUCUCUCUCUCUCUCUCUCUCUCUCUCUCUCUCUCUCUCUCUCUCUCUCUCUCUCUCUCUCUCUCUCUCUCGUCAUGUUUCGUGACUCGUCACGUGAGCAGGGCGAGUAAUUCUGGUGGAUAACGAACGAAACACAAUAAUAUUCCAGCAGUUAUUAGAAGUGAGAAGUGUACUGUUGGGGGACCGAGAGUUUUUAUGAAAUCGGACCAGGGUAUGCCUUGUUCAGUAAGGCAAAAUACUAUGCAAGUCGAGGAGGUUAUACAUCAAUUUUAAAUGACAGAGACAGAGAAAACGGUGCGGAGUAGCCACCUCCUUAGCACGCCCCCUGUAGUCACUGUGUCCAUGAGCAGUGAGUUGAACGUGCCGAUGGGCUCCCCCGCUCAUGGCUGCUCGGAGCGGGGCAGUGUGGGAAGGAUGGAUUACCGGGACUGGGUGCGGCGCAGCUAUCUGGAGUUGGUCUCCUCCAACCACCACUCUGUGCAGGCCCUGUCCUGGAGGAAGCUCUACCUGAGCAGGGCCAAGCUGAAGGCCUCCAGCCGCACCUCAGCUCUGCUCUCUGGGUUUGCCAUGGUAGCUAUGGUGGAGGUCCAGCUGGAGAUGCAGUAUAACUACCCCCGAGUGCUUCUGAUUGCCUUCAGUGUGUGCACCACAGUGCUGGUGGCGGUACACCUGUUCGCCUUGCUCAUCAGCACCUGCAUCCUGCCCAACGUGGAGGCUGUGAGCAACAUCCACAACCUGAACUCUGUGAACGAGUCUCCCCACGAGCGCAUGCACCACUACAUCGAGCUGGCCUGGGGCUUCUCCACCGCCCUGGGCAUCCUGCUCUUCCUAGCCGAGGUGGUUCUGCUCUGCUGGAUCAAGUUCCUGCCCGUAGACUCUGGGGCCGUGCAGCCCAGUACCAGCGGCUCCCAGGCCCACUCUCCUCCUGGGUACGCGGGCUGGCAGGCAGCCCUGGCCUCCACCAUCAUCAUGGUGCCCGUGGGGGUCAUCUUCGUGGUGUUCACCGUUCACUUCUACCGCUCCCUGGUGCUACACAAGACUGAGCGGCACAACCAGGAGAUUGAGGAGCUGCACAGGCUGAAGGUGGAGCUGGACGGGCAUGAGAGGAACGUGCAGGUGGUCUAACCUGCCAAAGCCUCUAUGUCUAUUGCCAAUACUGAGCAGGCCAGCUGUAUCAGAUUCUGCAUGUGUGCUAAAAACUAAAAGGAGACUGUUUUCAAAGAAAAUCCAUUGCAACCUCAAGAGUGCCUAAAGGAGUGUCAUGGAUGUGAGUAAAACUUAGGAGCAGAGAGCAAUCCAGGGAUAUUUCUUUGAAAAUGCCCAGCUCUUUUCAGUAGUUUUGACUUCUGUAGCGUUUUCUCUGAAAUAUCUGCAUAUUCCAUAUUGAAGUGGACCAAAAGAUCUUCAACAGAAGAGAAGGGGGGCCAAUAGUUAGUGCAAAUAAGGAGUAAGAAAAUGGAUUUUACAACCUUGUUUAGUAGCCCUUUAAGAUAUAUUUGUAAACUGUUUCCUCCGGUCUAGUGACAAACCAUUAAAUUAACAUUUCUUGAUGACAGACCCUGAUGAAUCUGUCCCUGAGUGUUUACACUGAUAAAGCCAUUAGCUAUGCCUUUGUCUGCUUAACUUAGGGGUCGAUUUAAAUAACCCAUAACCGCCAGGAUAAGCCACAGCUGGAUUUUAAACACUUUUAUAGCACUGUGGACUGCAUUAGUCUGGACUGCACCAGCCAUUUAUCUGUUGCUAUUUCAUGACUAAAAAUAAGUGGUUGACUCAAUCCAGUUACUCUAAAUAAAAUCCAGCUGUGGUUUAUACCAGCAGGGUAAGGGCUGAACAAACCAACCCCUUGGUUUCCUGUAGUUUUACAUAUAAUGUAGUGUUUGAAAUAUGUGUGCAGCAUUGUCAGAUACUUGACUCUACUGCAUGCCCCAUACUACAGGAGAUGGCUACUUCUAUCAUGGUUCUCCCUAGGUGUAAAACUCCAAGCAUAGUCCCUGAAAUAGGGUUUGGGAAUGGAUUAAUAUCCUGGGGCUGUGCAGCAGUUCUAACAUUGGGCUGUGCUGCUUGUCUAACUGUAUUUUACUUGGGGUGUCUAUUUGUUUCCUUGUGACCAGUUUGUAUUCAACAAGGAUAGAUCUUCCACAGGUAAAGCUGGACACAUCUCUAUAUGAACCACAGCACCAUUAGAUUGGAAAUGAAGCAGCUUUCUGUAGCCAGACCAAGUGCCCUGCAUUGGAAAGCUGGGGAAUCUCAUUACAAUACAGGCAGCUGAUUUACUGGAAGUGCGGGAGUGACUCAUGCAUUGGAAGGUUUUAACCUCUCUUGUCAGUAUGUUCCCAUCAAACAGCAGAACUGUAAAACAGACUUCAAGUGCACUGCAGGUUUUGUACAGAUCGUGUGUGG